GUCAAGUCGAAGUCGCCAUAUCACAUCAUCCGCCAUUACACUUUGGAGUUUGCGUAAAUUGGUCGUUGCACUGUCUGCGUCACUAGAGUCUACAUUCUAGAACCGCAUCAUCAGUGACAUUUUUCAGUGUUCGUGCGUCGUAUCGCAGAGUUUCGUUAGAACAAAGAGUAGUGACGUUCAAUCGUAUGUCCAUCCAGAAUCUCAACACAUUCGACCCAUUCGCCGAUGCUAUCAAAAGCUCGGAAGACGACGUUCAAGAUGGACUAGUCCACGUUCGGAUCCAGCAGCGUAACGGGCGUAAGACGCUAACGACGGUGCAGGGCCUGUCGUCGGAAUAUGACCUGAAGAAGAUCGUCCGGGCAUGCAAGAAGGAGUUCGCGUGCAACGGAACGGUCGUGGAACAUCCGGAGUACGGCGAGGUGCUGCAGCUGCAAGGCGACCAGCGCGAGAACAUUUGCCAGUGGCUCACCAAGUCGGGGCUCGUCAAGCCAGAGCAGCUCAAGGUGCACGGCUUUUAGCCGCCGCGCGCCCGCAUCGCGACUAACAUGUCCACCGCCGUGACAUCAUCAUAGUUCUUCUAAUAUUAUGAGAGCGUGCGCGUUUAACUUAUAACCCUAUCGAAUAUGUAUUUAGAAAGUACCGACGUUUACAGAGAGUCUCGGAGCGAGGCCGCCCGCCUCCCGCGCCCUGUGCCUUGCUGUCUCCCUAAUUGUUGUAAUAUAAAACAUUGUGCUAAUAUUUUUGAAUAUCGAACGCCGUCUCGUAUGUCUCUGGACAGGUUUAGUUGCUAAUAACGCAGAACGAAAUAGUCAAUAAAUCAUCUUUUUGUUUUUGUACGACUUAACUAUAAAUUGCUGUAAUAAUAUGAUGUCUCAAUUAUUAAACAUGUUUUUGUA